AUGUGCUCGGGGGAUUCUCGUGCUCGACCUCAGCUGACAGAGGCCCUGACAGAGGCCCCGACAGAGGCCCCGACAGAGGCCCCGACAGAGGCCCCGACAGAGGCCCCGACAGAGGCCCCGACAGAGGCCCCGACAGAGGCCCCGACAGAGGCCCCGACAGAGGCCCCGACAGAGGCCCCGACAGAGGCCCCGACAGAGGCCCUGACAGAGGCCCCGACAGAGGCCCCGACAGAGGCCCCGACAGAGGCCCUGACAGAGGCCCCGACAGAGGCCCCGACAGAGGCCCCGACAGAGGCCCCGACAGAGGCCCCGACAGAGGCCCCGACAGAGGCCCCGACAGAGGCCCCGACAGAGGCCCUGACAGAGGCCCUGACAGAGGCCCCGACAGAGGCCCCGACAGAGGCCCCGACAGAGGCCCCGACAGAGGCCCCGACAGAGGCCCCGACAGAGGCCCUGACAGAGGCCCUGACAGAGGCCCCGACAGAGGCCCUGACAGAGGCCCUCGCUCUAAUGCUGUGUUCAGACCGGAUCAUGCUGCGUCGGCUUUCAAUGCAAAGUCAAUGGUGA